AUGUCUGAAGAAGCUAUACGUUUAGAAGAAACAUAUUCUGCUCAUAAUUACCAUCCUUUACCUGUUGUAUUUGAUCAUGCAUUAGGUGCACAUGUUUGGGAUCCCGAAGGUAAAGAAUAUCUAGAUUUUUUAUCUGCAUAUUCUGCAGUCAACCAGGGACAUUGUCACCCUGAUAUUAUUAAAGCUCUUAUUGAACAAUCCCAAAAAGUUACUCUAUCAUCAAGAGCAUUUUAUAGUGAAGCAUUCGCACAAUAUGCACAAUUCAUUACGGAAUAUUUUAAUUAUGAGUGUGUCUUACCAAUGAAUACGGGUGCGGAAGCAGUUGAGACCGCAUUGAAGUUGGCGAGACGUUGGGGCUACAUGACGAAGAAGAUCCCAAAGGGGGAAGCUGUUGUGUUAGCCGCCCAAGGGAAUUUCCACGGUAGAACCUUUGGGGCAAUUUCAUUAUCAACAGACGAACAGGAUUCACGUUUACAUUUUGGACCAUUUUUAAAGCAUACCCACUCCGGUGGUCCACUGGGUACCACAAUCAGAUACGGUGUUGCGGAAGAUUUGGAGAAAGUUCUACACAAACAUGGUUCUACUAUUGCGGCAAUAAUUCUUGAACCGAUUCAAGGUGAAGCAGGGAUCGUCGUACCACCCGCAGACUAUUUCCCAAGAGUUUCAAAGUUGUGUCAACAAUACAACGUAUUACUGAUUUGUGAUGAAAUCCAGACAGGGAUUGGCAGAACGGGGAAACUACUAUGUUGUGAACAUUAUGGUAUUAAACCCGAUAUUGUCCUGUUGGGGAAAGCACUUGGUGGAGGUGUCUUGCCCGUGAGUGCCGUCCUGUCGUCCCGUUCAAUCAUGGAUUGUUUCACUCCGGGCUCUCACGGUUCGACAUUUGGAGGUAACCCCUUGGCGUCAAAAGUGGCCAUUGCCGCUUUGAAAGUUAUUCGUGAUGAAAAUUUAGUUGACCGUUCAAAGGAACUCGGCGGUUAUUUUCUGGAUCAAUUACGGGUUCUACAGAAGGAGUCCCAAGGGAUCAUUAGUGAGGUCCGUGGUAUGGGUCUGCUGACUGCGAUUGUUAUCGAUCCAUCAAGAACCAACGGCCAUACCGCGUGGGAUGUCUGUUUGAAAAUGAGAGACUUCGGUGUGUUAGCUAAACCGACCCACGAUCAUAUUAUACGUCUGGCUCCACCUUUAGUAAUCUCAAAGGAGGAUUUAGAUAAAGGCAUUGAUGCUAUUCGUAAUGCUUUAGCUACUUUUUAA